UUCAACUAUUAUAAAAAAAUAUUCUCUGAGAAAAGAACAAAAUGAUGAACACAAAAAGUGUAGCCAUGUUAAUGAUGGUGAUGAUGGUAGCAAUGGGAAUGCAGAAUAUUUUGGUUCAGGCAAAUCGUCCCGUGUGUGAAUUUUCUGGUACAUGUGCUGGUCUUGAACCUCCGCCUUCUCCUUAUGUAGAUGAUAGAUCUUUCAAUUCUGAUCUUUCUACAGAAUCUCCUUCUCCUUCACAAGAUCAUAGCUCUUUUGACUCUGAUCCUUCUUCAGAAUCUCCUUCUCCUUCACAAGAUGAUAGCUCUUUUGACUCUGAUCCUUCUUCAAAAUCUCCUUCUCCUUCACAAGAUGAUAGUUCUUUUGAAUCUGAUCCUUCUUCAAAAUCUCCUUCUCCUUCACAAGAUGAUAGCUCUUUUGACUCUGAUCCUUCUUCAGAAUCUCUUUCUCCUUCACAAGAUGAUAGCUCUUUUGACUCUGACCCUUCAUCAAAAUCUCCUGCUCCUUCAUCAGAUAUUAGUUUUGAUCUUUCUCCAAAUUCUAUUUCUCCUUCACCAUUAUCAGCCGGAACAAUUUACUUAUGCAUGCAAGAUUGUUCUACUCAUAAUUGCUCUAACUUUAAAGACCCAAAAGAUUUUGACCAGUUUGACUCGUGCAUCACAAAAUGUUCGGAGACGUGUAUGAAGAAGAACAAAAACGACGAUAUCUAUGUUUAAAUUAAUAAAUAGGAAAUGAUUACUUCGC